UGAACGGCAGAAACGGAGCAAUAGCAGCUAGAGAAGUGUAGAGAAUUUUCGUGCGGGGAACCCCGGCCGUGGCGUGCGGCGUGUGCCGCGGAUCCCUAGGGAGGGGAUUCCCUCCCCGGGUUACGGAGACUCGGGCAAGCGCAGGAUACACGCGGGAGCGGCGAUCGACUCGUGAGAACAAGUGCAAUACAAGUGUCGCACCGUUCAUCCCUUGGGAUAAUACCGAAGGUAGAAGAGCCAGAAGAGCCAGAAGGGGGGGCGAGGAGCGUGUUUCCGUCUACCUUGUAUACGUGCAGUAAAAAAUUUUACGCUUUUAUUUAUCGUCAAUUUAUCGUCGAGCAAACAACUAAAGCGAGGAAAAUUUCAUUACAGAGACCUCGCGCAUCUUAUACGGAUGGAUAUAUACUACGGAACAAUGAAAGCCUCGCCUCGUAUAGUUUAUCCUGCAGAAGAUACACGAUCAGAGCGAGAGUAUACCCGUCGCGGGCGAAUUGUACACCGCGAGGAGAGGUGGUGGGUUUAACAUCUCCUCGUCCAGGCCGCUCGGCCAAGGUCUUGGCCUGGCCUUACACCGGGGCGCCUCUUACCUCGCGAUACUCGCCGUCGACCCCUGGGUCUGCCCGUCGGGGCACCGGGUCGGCCUCGCCGGCCACUUCCGGGUCGCGUGUCGCGGCCGCAGUCAAGAGCCGGUGGCCCCUCCGAUGGCGGGAAAAAGCGGCGAGAAAAAAUAAGGACGGAAGGACGGAACGGCCAGAGUCCAGGAGGAGGUACGUACCCUGCAUCGAGGAGACGAAGGAGCGGCGACAUCCCGGGAACCGGAAGUGAUUCGAGCAUGGACUACUCUUAUCUGAAUCAAGCAGCGGCUGCGGCGGCCGCCGGUUUCGAAGCCUCAAGUUGCGCCCUCGCUGCAAGUGAAAUGCAAUGCGGAUACGGAGACCUCAGCUCUUGCUCGCAGAUGAGCCAGGCCGCUUAUCGCUACACCGCGGCCAGGGCGGCCGGAUAUCCUGGCAACGCCGGGAACCCGGGAACCGGCGGUGCGAACCCCCUUGGGCCUCACCACGGCGCUCAUCCUCAUGCCCACGGGCAUCACGGGGCCCACGCUACUCCGUGUUCGGUUAUGGCCGCCCGGAGUCAGGAUGUUCAUCGACACGCUGCCUCCAUAUUUCCGUCGGCGAUCAACCUUCAGGGUGGUUUGGGGUACAAGGCCUACCCGGGGCACGACGGACUCGCCGAAAAGAGGAAGCAGCGACGGAUACGAACGACGUUCACCUCGGCUCAGCUCAAGGAACUUGAACGUGCAUUUCAGGAGACUCACUAUCCGGACAUCUACACGCGGGAAGAAAUCGCGAUGAAGAUAGAUUUGACGGAAGCUAGGGUACAGGUUUGGUUCCAGAACAGACGUGCCAAGUUUCGGAAACAGGAACGUCUCGCUCAGCAGAAAUCAACCGGGCAAGGUGGAGUCGGGGGUGACAGCGGCGCCUCGAGCCCGGUAGCGGGAAGUGUCAAGACCGAGGGACGCUCCCCAAGGAGCCCGGCAACUCCGCCGGUGAAUUCAAACAGCGUCCACUCAACCGCGGAGGUUAAAACGAUCUCGAAUUCGAAUUUGGGAAAUUCGAAACAGUCGAACGACGGAACUGGAAAUUUGCAGUCCUCGCCGAUCGUUCGUAGCGGCGGCGGGGGUGGUGGUGGGGGCGGGGGCGGCGGGGGAUGGGGAUCCUGCAGCCCGAGGCCGUUCUCCGCAACCCUGCCACCCUACCUCCUGGAUCCACUCCCUCUAAAAACUGCAAAUCUUUACUAAUCCAAGAUCUACCGGCGAGGUGUAAUCGUAACGGUUUUUGUAAAUAGAUGUAACAUGGUGAACUCCGGGAUGAAGGAUCAGAGACGGUUGUCGGGG